AUGACCAGCAUCCCCAACAUGAGCGACGUCUUCAAAACUCAUGACCCUCUCAACAUUCCCACCAACAAAAGCCUCGACUCUGAUUCCGACUCUAUCCCUGUAAUUGACCUUUCUCUCCCUAAUGCUCCCGCGCUCAUGAACAAUGCCUUUAAAACUUGUGGGGCAUUCCAAGUCCUUAACCACGGCGUCCCCCUUUCCCUACUCAAAUCCAUGGAAUCCUUCAUCAAUGAUCUCUUCGAUCUUCCCACUUCACAGAAGCUUAAGGUCGUUCGUUCCCCCGAAUCCAUCUCUGGCUUCGGACUCGUUCCUCUCUCCAAAAUAUACCCUAAGCGUCCAUGGGGUGAGGGCUUCACCAUCAUCGGUAACCCUGUCGACCAUUUGCAAAAACUCUGGCCUCAAGACUGCAAAAAAUACUGUGAUUUAGUGGAAGAAUACAACAAAGAGAUGAAGAGUCUAUGUGGAAAGCUGUUGUGGCUUACAUUGGGAGAAUUAGGCAUAACUCCAGAGGAUAUAUAUUGGGCCGGACCGGAUGGGGAUUUCAAGACCAAUAAUCAAGCCAUACGAAUGAACUCUUACCCGGUCUGCCCAGAACCGGACGACCUAAUCGGGCUCCCGCCUCACUCCGACACCAGCGCCUUAACCAUUCUGUACCAAACGACAAAAGGGUUACAAGUUUCGAUGGAAGGGAAAGGGUGGGUGGAUGUGGAGCCGAUAAACGGUGCACUGGUGGUUCAAGUCGGAGACAUGCUUCAUAUUCUUACAAACGGGAUGUACCCUCCUUCGGUCCAUCAGGCCGUAGUGAACCAGACCAGUGAUCGUAUCUCGACGGCGUACUUUUUUGGACCGCCGCCAAAGGGCGAAGUUUCACCGCUUAAGAAACUUGUUACCCCAACUCAACCAUUACGUUACCCCACGGUAACGUGGGCUGACUACCUCCGUAAGAAAUAUGUUCUUUAUGAGAAAGCACUUCCAUCUAUCCGUCUUUCCGCUCCAGCUCCUACUGGUCUGUCAAAUGGGAACGAUCAGAACUUGGUGAAAGUGGGCUAA